CACUUCGUUCGUUGUUGCGUUCACUCGUUCACAUAAUCGAAAUAAAUAUAGAAAUCGUGAGCACAUCGUUAUGACUGUAAAUUCAGGUACCUGCUGAAAUUUCUAUAAAUACCACAAAAGUAUGAAGUUAAUAAGGUACGGGUAAAUAUCUAGGCCACAGAAUUUAGAUCAAAAUGGCACUAUUGGGAGCUCAGCUAGUAAUAACACUGAUUAUGAUCAGUGUCAUUCAAAAAUUGGGGCCACAUUAUUCCCUAGCUCGGUGGUUGUUGUGCUCAACUGGGCUUAUCAGAUACCUUUAUCCCACAGAUAGUGAAUUAAGAGAAUUGGCUAAUAUACCCAAAGAAAAAUCAAAGAACCGUAAAAAUCCCAAAGCACAAACGAACGGGAAGACUACCGUAGAUACUUUUCAUAUUCCCAGAUCAUUGGAUAUAAAAUUAGAUAGUAUUAAGAUCACCAGACAAGAUGUAAUUCAUAUUAGGUACUAUACAGAAUACCAGUGGCUUGUGGAUUUUUCUGUGUAUGCUGCUGUUAUUUAUGGAGCUACAGAAUUGUAUCAAGUGUGGUUUCCUUUAAAAAAUGAAAUCAAUUUGAGUAUGGUAUGGUGUUUUUUGGUGAUUUUAUUUGCAAUUAAAUUAUUGUUAGGUCUGACUGUACAGUAUUUUAAAGGAGAAGAAUCCAUAGGAGAGAGGUCAACAUGUAUCGUCAUGGGCUUUAUCUAUUUAUUAAUUUCCAUGAUGGUACUAAUUGUGGAUGAAAAAACCUUGGAGAUUGGUCUAGAAGAUGCUUACGACAGCUUUAAUAAGAGUGCCUCUGUGUUUUUAGAGAAGCAAGGGCUGUCAUCAACUGGACCAGCUUCAAAAAUUGUUUUGAAGUUCUUCAUGGCUGUCUGGUGUGGACUUCUUGGUGCUCUUUUCACUUUCCCAGGAAUUAGACUUGCCAAAAUGCACUGGGUACUUUUAAAAUAUUUUCAAGAUAACAAGCUAAAACAGCUACUUCUCAACUUCACAUUCGCCUUGCCGUUUAUCCUGGUAAUUUUCUGGAUAAAACCGGUAUCCAGGGACUACUUGACUGACAGAAUUUUCUCCGGACGAUCUGAGCCUCUGAUGACAAAAGAUGCUUUCGAUUCAUUUAGAUUAUUAGCCAUUGUUGCCACGAUGUGUCUUAAAUUAGUUUUGAUGCCUUGGUAUUUACAAGCCUAUCUCGACAUGGCUUUCCAUCGACUGGAAAAUCAGAAGAAGGAAGCUGGAAGGAUAACCAACACGGAGCUGCAAAAGCAAAUUGCUGCAGUUUUUUACUAUCUUUGCGUGGUAACUCUACAAUAUGUGGCACCGAUCGUCCUGUGUUCUUUCUUCACUCUGAUGUACAAAACUCUCGGCGAAUACCAGUGGACAGGCGAACUGUUAAAGUACCAACCGUCCGACAAUGACACAAUGGUAGCAACCGAAAAGUCUUUGCCGAAUAUGGAAAUCUUCGGUUCUAGCGAAGACUCAAAAUCGAUAUCAGACACCGCAGCCGAAUUCCAUCUGACCUUGGAGAGUCUCAAGUCUGUUUUCCCGAAGACUGUAUUCAGGGGGUUGUUCGGAUUUGCUACGUGGUGGUGCUGUUUUUUGUACUUCGCCACCACAUCGUUCGGAUUGAUCUAUCAAUCGUACUUUUCUAAUUUUUAGAUCUUUUGUAUAAAUAAAUUUCAUAAUGUGUCCCUUGCGUUUGUUAAUAAUAAAGUUUUUAAAAACU